CGUAGUCCACAAGCAACGAUCGGCCCCUCGGAUUCUUCUUCGUCUUCCUCCGACUCCGAGAGCGAUAUAAACAGCGGAGGGGAGCGAAAGAGACGAGCCAUCAACCUCCGCCAGCCAACGAGCUACCUAGUCGGCAGCAGCCAGCCAUGGGGUUCUUCACCAGGAGCACCUCCAAGCAGACCGCCAAGCUCAAGUCCCUCGUCAAGCUCGCCCUCGCGCGCCUCGCCGUCGUGCGUCGCCCGCGCGUCGGCCGCCGCUCCAUCGCCCGCGGCGACGUCGCGCAGCUGCUCUCCAUCGGCCACCUCGACCGCGCGCUCGUCCGGGCCGGCCAGGUCCUCGAGGAGGACGACGCGCUCGCGGCGCUCGACGUCCUCGAGCUCUACUGCAGGCUCCUCGUCGACCACGCCGCCCAGCUCGACAAGCCAAAGGAGUGCAGCGAGGAGAUCAAGGCGGCGGCGGCGGGCCUCAUCUACGCGUCGGCGCGGUGCGGCGAGCUGCCCGAGCUGCUGGACGCGCGCGCCAUCCUGGCGGACAAGUUCGGCCGCGACUUCGCCGCCGCCGCCAGGGACGGCGCGCCCGGCGUCGUCGACCCCACGCUGGUGCAGAAGCUGUCAGGCCAGGGUGCAACCGUGGAGCAGAUGCGGAGGCUGGCCAAGGAGAUCGCCGCCGAGAACGGCAUCCUGCUGGACUUCCCGGAGGACACCAGAGAGGUUCCUCACGCUCACGCUCAGGGGAAACAGAGUGAGCAAACCAAGAGCGUGCCGGCUGCGAAAUCCGUCCAACAGACCGAUGUCAUGGUAGAACCUUGCGACAGACAGAGGCCUGCCGAUCAGAGCGUGAACCGGCCGAGCCUCACGCAGCUGAGCGCGGAGGGGAAGGUGCCGAGGGAAUCCAAGCAGUACCGCGACGUCAGGAUGGCGGCGGAGGCGGCCUUCGAGUCGGCAUCGUUCGCGGCGAUGGCAGCCCGGGCGGCCGUGGAGCUGUCCCGGACGGAGUCACAAGGGAAGGGGUGGAGAGGCGGGGGCGGCGGCCACGACAAGGUUCAUCCUCUGCAGAACUCGCGCGCAACCCAGCAAGAGACGCAGGCGCCGGGGAAGCCCCAGAAGGCUCCGUCUCCAUUGCCGUCCCCGUCCUGGAGCGACCACAGCACUGUUUCCUCGGUGUGGUCGGACCCGCCGCAGAAGGGCAAGACCGUCGUGUUCGACGAGAGCGACGAGGAAGACGACGACGAGGUGGCGGAGGACCUCGUCCGGAUUCCGCAGCUGCGCCGGCCUCCCUACGGCAGGGCUGCCUCGACGGCGGGCGUCGCCGCGGGCCAGACAAACGGUUCACAGCGCCCGGCGUCCGGCGAGGCGGGCGCGUUCCAGGACGGCGUGUCCAACGGCUCGCAGCACCCGAUGCAUAGGAGGCACGCCUCGGAGCUGGCCGGCAGCAACGCGCACCACCGCGAGGAGGCCCCGGAUCAGCCCGGCGUGUACAAGGGUCCUCCGCCUCCUUACAGGAGGAACCCCUCUGCGGCCAACGGCAACGGCGAGAGCGGCGCAACGCGGCGCGCGGGGGACCUCGACGGCGGCCGCGGUGGCGCAUACGAGAGCUCGGCGUACGUCGCGCGCGCGCCGUACGCGAGGAUCGCGUCGGCGCUGGAGGGCGGCAACGAGCACAUCGCGCGGCACGAGCUGGUGCGCAGGAUCGGCACCGACGCGCGUGUGCUGCAGGAGAAGCUCUACGGCCCCGCCGCGCCGGGGCCGGGACGCGCGCCGAUGACGCCGGAGCGGAGGGCCAUCUCGGUUCGCACGAGGAGGUGAAGACGGUUUCGGUU